AUUGUUAGUGCAGUUAUGUUGCCGAUUCGCUUUGUUGCGACAGACUUAUCUGUAAGAAACCGGAAAUGCGUUAUUUGUCAACUAAUCCUUACAAAGAUGGCGCUGGCAAGUGUUUUACGGGGUGAUUGUGCAGAUUUCUCCGGUCGCUCUGACCGGCCCUUUGCGUUCGGAAGCGGCUUGGAUCAGACCGAGCUGGGAUUCGCGUCCGAAGCGGGAGACGGGCCCAGCUUCGCUGUUAAAUCUGGCCUUUACCCUGAGACCGAGGAGGGCCCCGAGAGGAAGAUUGAGUUUCUCCAUGGAACCACUACGUUGGCUUUCAAAUUCCAGCACGGCGUGAUCGUGGCGGUGGACUCGCGGGCCACGGCCGGCUCCUACAUCGCCUCGCAGACGGUGAAGAAGGUGAUCGAGAUCAACCCGUACCUGCUGGGCACCAUGGCGGGCGGCGCGGCGGACUGCAGCUUCUGGGAGCGGCUGCUGGCACGGCAGUGCCGCGUGUACGAGCUGCGCAACAAGGAGCGCAUCUCGGUGGCGGCCGCGUCCAAGCUGCUGGCCAACAUGGUGUACCAGUACAAGGGCAUGGGCCUCAGCAUGGGCACCAUGGUGUGCGGCUGGGACAAGCGGGGCCCAGGGCUGUACUAUGUGGAUUCGGAGGGGAACCGGGUGUGCGGGGAUCUGUUCGCCGUGGGAUCCGGCUCCAUGUACGCCUACGGCGUGGUGGACAGCGGCCUGCGACAGGACCUGAGCGUGGAGGAGGCCUGCGACCUGGGCCGGCGCGCCAUCUACCAGGCCACCUACCGGGACGCCUACAGCGGCGGCGUGGUCAACUUGUACCGUGUGCACAGCCAGGGCUGGGAGCGCGUGUCCCAGGACGAUGUGCUGAAGCUCCACCUGCAGUACCGGGAAGAUCGGGCCUAGGAGGGGGUGUGGUUUGGUGAGGGGGAGGGGCCUCUGAUAGGGGAGUGGUCUUGGGGAUGAGCAAGGAUUCUAUCAAAUGGGUGUGGUCUAGUAAGGGGGUGGGGCUUUAUGGAGGGGGAGGGAUCUUGAUGAAGAUGGACUGUGUCCUGCAGAGUCUGAAAUAACAUUGUUUCUGUGAAGAAACUGUUCUGCUUCAUGGGACAUCUGUAUUAGAAUGUCACAAAUCACAGCGUUAGGGGAGAUGCCUGAAAUUGUACGAAUAGAUAGGAGGUAGUUUACUGGGUGGAAGUGAGUGAGUUUUACUUGUCAUGCACGUCGUAUGAGUGCACACUAAAGUUAUAGGUUGGCACUCAUUAAUAUUUCCGUUAUAUUCAUCUAUUUGUUUUCCUGUUACCUGUUUGUCAUUAUCCCAUGCAGUACCCCAGCAGGCCUGUCGAAGCUGGGGGCGCUGUCUCCUACUGUGUGAACGUGUCACCUCGAAGAACCUUUUGGCAGUCUCUCUUCCAGAGAGUUCACAUUUUACUGGGAAAGACUUCUUCUCAAUAAAGCUGGAAAAUCUCUCCUUUGA